GUCUUCAACCCACUCCGCUUCUCUGACUGCAAGGUCCUCCUCUUUCAUCCCUUUGAGCGUUUUUUUUUCUUUGUUUCUGCCUCUUCUGUUCACAGAAGUUGCAUAUUGAUCACAAAGCAGUGAAUCACCUUCACUCAGGAUGAGUUCCAGUCCACCUGGCUUGCUGGUGCUGCUGCAGAUUCUCCUCAGCCUCCUCCUCGUCUGGGAAGGCGUCAGAGGAGAAUCAUCCUAUAUUAUAGAUACUCUUGGCCUCACAAUCCUGCCUGAAACUAAAGUUCAAAGUGGAACCAAGGUGACGAUACGUUGCCAAGUAAGAGUGAGCUUGAGCAACAUCUCUCAGCUUGAACACCUUUUCAAGAUCCUCCGGGAUGACAUUGAAAUCCACACAGCUAACACCACAGAAGACUCUGUCGACUAUGAGAUCAACCCAGCCAGAGUAAGCGACUCCGGAAAUUAUCAAUGUCAAGUCUUGGUGAAAGACAAACGCAAGGCCAGCAACAUCAAGAGACUUGAUAUCAGAGGCCUUCAAACCCCGAUUCUCCAUCUGAAUAAUUCAAAUCCAUAUGAGAGUGAAGAGUUCAAAGUUACCUGCAGUGCUCCAGAGGAGAAAGGCGGUUUCAUAUUCAACUUUUACCAGAAAUUUAAGGAUGGACAGCCUAUGCGGAUAAAACAGCUACGAAGCAAAAAUAACUUUUUAGAGACCACCAUGACACUCAGGCACAGAGGAGACUGUUUUCUCUCCUGUGACUACGAAAUCAGUUUUGUUACAGGGACCAAAUACUCCAACAUCAGUGAUUGGAUUCCAGUGAAAGUUAAAGAGCUCAGCAUCAUUCCACACAUGACCAUAACCCCCAACGACAUCUAUGAACCAGAUAUAGUAGAAGUAAUUUGUAAAGUACAGAGUUCUUUGGAGAACAUUGAAAUAUUUCUUAUAAAGGACCGGACUGUUCUAAAGAGAGCCACUGGUAAACAUCUCAUAUACAGAUUUAGACCCAAAGCAACAGACUCUGGAGAGCUUGUUUGCAAGGUUGAGUGGAGAAACGUCCAAAGAGAAAACUACACAACGCUCACAGUCAAAGAGGUGUUUUCAAAGCCCCGGUUUACUUUGGAACCUGUGGACCUGUUUGAAGGGGAAACCUUUAAUCUGAGCUGUUCAGUCGAUUUUUUCAUUCCUGGGAUGAUUGACCCCCGUACUUUUAAAUAUGUUCUUUACAAAGAUGGAAUUGAAUUGACCAAAGCAGCCACAUAUCAAACUACUGCACGAUAUGAACAUAAUGGCAACUACACCUGUAAAGUCGGAGGCACUCGAAAUGCAUCAACUAUUAACAAGGAGAGCCAAACAAUUAGUGUUAAAGCUAAAGUCCCUGUUUCAGAUCCUGUGCUGAGUGUGGCUGGGGGCAAGAUGUUUUUAGGCAAAAGGUUUCAACUGAUCUGUCACAGUCACACAGGCACCAUUCCUAUCAAAUACACCCUAUAUGGACCAAAUAGGCUGAUUCUCAACAGAGAGGUGAGCGGAUCUGAGGAACAGGCCAUCUUUGACGUACCUCCGAUCUCGAAGACCUCAGAUUUAGAAACAUUUCUCUGCCACGCAAAGAAUAAUCCACGUUUCCCCGCUAAAAUAGCAUUGGGGCAGCAGCUUCUAAAGUCAACCAUUAUCAUUGAGCCUGUCUCUAAACCAGAGCUGACUAUUCUUCCCAGUUAUGAUGUCACCGAAGGACAAAGCAUAAACCUUGUCUGCUCUGUGCAGACAGGCAGCCCUCCCUUCAAUUUCACAUGGUACCACCUAGAGUCACCUGGUGCACUUUUUUCUCUGGCUUCAAACAAACUAAAAGUGUCCCACAGCAUCCAAAAUGCCAACGCAAAACACGUGGGAAGAUAUUACUGCACAAGCACAAACCCAGCAAACGAAAUCAAAACCAGUGAAUUGGUCACCAUUGGAGUGAAACUAGCAGGGUGGAAAAAAGUGCUUAUCAUUAUCGCCUGCCUCCUGCUUCUCCUCACCUUCGCCCUGGUGAUUGUCUUAAGGACCCGGCUCUUAAGGUUUAAGAGGAAGAGCAAAGGCAGCUUGUCAGUGAAGUCAGCUGGCACCAAAGUAGAGCGACUGAGUCUCACACAGGCUGAGGUCAUUGAUGCUGCAAAUGUCACCCCAAGCUUGAUGGGAAAAAGUCUGUGGAGUGACCAUGUCUCAGGCUCUGAGUCAGAUGACCAAGACAGCGGCAAGGCACCGCAAUUGGCUGAACCUAAAAAUACUGAGUCUGAAAAAAGAGAAUCAGAUCCAAUCAAAGUGAAACAGGCUACAGACACUAUUGACAGUGAAGUAGGCGACUCCCAACAAGGUGUCCCAGAAGUGGCUGAUAAUAAACCAGUCAAGCUGAGUGAUGACAGCAAUCACAAACCUGAAGACAGUCAGGUUGGAGAUCAGAGCCCGAACAGUGAAAACAUAACUGAGACUGACAACAGCAGUGAUGUUCAGACUUCUGACCAAGAGAAAGGAUCCUGUGACCCUUCACCUGACUGUUGAGGAACCAACAAACAUAUUUGUUCCUCUUUCAGGAUGUCAUGUUGUUGCAGCUGAUGUUUUUGACCCAAAAGAAGCUAAAAGCUUUAACAUUGUGCAAUAAUAUUCUGUAUUAUUGUUUGAUUCUAUCAAAACAUUUGUCAUCCUAAAUCCCCUCUUCUAGAACACAUGAAUAAAAUGUUUUGCUAAGGAAAUUUCCCUUGUUAUCAAGGAGCCUUGCAAGGAAGGAA